UAGAGAAGGUCUAACUGACCCCGUUCCGAUAGGUGUGGAAGGUGGGGGGCGGGGAUCCCUGAACUGCCCCAGCCUCUGACCCUGCCCUGUGUCCCCAGCGCCAUGGGGGAGUGGGCGUUCCUGGGCUCGCUGCUGGACGCUGUGCAGCUGCAGUCGCCGCUCGUGGGCCGCCUCUGGCUGGUGGUCAUGCUGAUCUUCCGCAUCCUUGUGCUGGCCACCGUGGGCGGCGCCGUGUUCGAGGACGAACAGGAGGAGUUUGUGUGCAACACGCUGCAGCCCGGCUGCCGCCAGACUUGCUACGACCGCGCUUUCCCAGUCUCGCACUACCGCUUCUGGCUCUUCCACAUCCUGCUACUCUCGGCGCCCCCCGUAUUGUUUGUCAUUUACUCCAUGCACCAGGCCAGCAAGGAGGCGGGCGGCGCAGAGGCGGCAUGCGCCCGCGGGCGGCCCGAGGGCCCCUGCGCAUCCUGCGCCCUGCGCGCCCGCCGCGCACGGCGCUGCUACCUGCUGAGCGUGGCGCUGCGCCUGGCGGCCGAGCUGGCCUUCCUGAGCGGCCAGGCGCUGCUUUACGGCUUCCGCGUGGCCCCGCAUUUCGCGUGCACCGGCCUGCCCUGCCCGCACACCGUUGACUGCUUCGUGAGCCGGCCCACGGAGAAGACCGUCUUCGUGGUCUUCUACUUCGCCGUGGGGCUGCUGUCGGCGCUGCUCAGCGUGGCCGAGCUGGGCCACCUGCUCUGGAAGAGCCGCCCGCGCACAGGGGAGCGAGACAAUCGCUGCAGCCGCGCGCACGAGGAAGCGCAGAAGCUGCUCCCGCCGCCGCCGCCGCCGCCGCCAGCCCUGCCCUCCCGGCGCCCGGGGCCGGACCCCUACGCCCCGCCCGCCUAUGCGCAGCGGGCGCCCGCCGGCGACGGCGAGGGCGGCAGCAGCCGCAGCAAGGCGUCACUGGCUACUGGCCGCCAGGAUCUGGCCAUCUAG